UUGGGAUCUUUCUGGCUUUAGGCAGGCUGGUGGCUGCCAACAAGUUCCCAGUUUGGCAAGCCAGGCUGGCCAGACGCCUCUCUGGGCAGCUGCCUUACCCGUCACCCACUUGUUGUGCCCCCGAUGCUGCUAACAGUGCCAUUGUCCUGCAGGGUCUGUUCCCUGUCCUCGUCCCUGCUCCUUCCCUACCAAACAGCCUCUCCCGCUUGGGCAGGGCGCGGCUUGUCCUCGGCAGCUCCUGCAGCCCCACUGCCGCUCGGCCCGGGAGCACCGGGAUUUCUGCCAAUGAUCGGCUGUGAACGCUCCUGCCACCUCCACACUCCCUCUGCCAUUCUGUCCCCUUGCUCUGCUGAAAAUCAGGGAGGUGUCGAGAUGGGGCAGCCGGUGGAUUCCUUCCCCGUUCCUCAGAGCAGCCCUGCCCAACCCCCUGGCUCCGCUUGCUGCAUCCAUUUUGCUGCUGUAGAGCAGUGGUGCAAUCAUCUCAGGCUUCUCCUUGCCACUGUCAGGCAAGGGGAUCCCACCAGGCCAAGGGAUCCCACUGAGAUCAAGGGGAUCCCACCAGGUGCCCACACCCAGCAGGAGCCACUGGUACUGCCCUACUUAAAACUACCAGCCAUGGAGAAGGGCUGGUGCCAGCAGUGCCAGCUUUGUCUCCAACUUUGAGGUGUGGCAGGAAGAGGCUAGUAAACAGGGUUUGGUUUGGCUUUGCCACAGCUCAGGGAAAUACCCCUUUUCCAUGUCUCCCUGCAUUCCCAAGGCCUUGCUGCAGAGCAGGAGCACAGAGUGCUCUCUGGCAGCACUGGGUGUCACAGGAGACCCCCAGGAUUUGGUCAGCCCAGGCAGCUGCUGCUCUGUAUCCUCCAUGUUUGGAGCCUUCGGAGGUGACAGCAGCAGGGAGCACUUUAUCUUUGGUUCCUGCUGCCAUCAAUGUGAGCUUCCCAGGGAAAGAAAAAACCACGGGUAGGAGCCUGGCUGGAGCCUGAUGCCAGUGCAUUCCCAGUGGCUGCUCCGGUACCCAUACCGCGGUCUUGGCCCUAGUCCCCCCUCCUUUCAGACUCUGCGGAGAGUGGCACAGAAAUUGGUGUCAGUGCCCCUGCUGGUGAGGUCCCAGCCGUACAGGCAGUGAGGACUCUGGUGGGUGAGAUGCCCACCCUGCAGCAGGCUAUUUUCAGCAGCUGCACCAGCUGGGAGGUCGCUGCCGUGGUGGAGGGGAAGGAGCUGGCUGGCGGUGCGUGUUGUGGCAGUGUGAUGCAGGCAUGGCGAGCACCUGGUGCCCACAGCCCCUCUGCAGAUGCCCACCCUUCCUGGGGAGCCCCGCAGGGACUUUCCCAUCCUGACUUCUCCAGCCCACUGGUACACAGUGCCAGAUUGUCACCAGCAGCACUUUUGCCACCACUUGCCACAUCUUGGCCAGCUCCUCACAUCCCUCGCAGGGGUACAAACCACUGCAAGCUGGGGGCCAGCACAGAUAGGGCAUGGGCCAUGCUGCUGCAACAUGGUUCGGGGCAGCUGUGGUAGGCACUGCUGCCUCCUCAGCCAUGGGCUGUGCCUCAUUUCUGUCCCGCUCCUUCUCCCUUUGUGCUUCAGCUCCCAUGUCAAGGCUUUGCUCUGCUGAUGAGACUGGCUUUGCCAGGGUGCCCACUGUCCCCUCCCCGUGCUGCAUGUCCUGGCAAGGGCAGGUGCCACCACUCCAGCAAGGCAGUAUGGGCAGAACUCUGCCCUGAGUGGCAGCGGAGCCCAUGUUGUGCUUUCCCAGCUCUCUCUGUAGCACCACGGAGUGGUUUGUGGUGUGGCUGGCCAGCAGAGCCCGUGCUUGGGUGGCGGGAUGCUCUCCAUGACCUACAGUGAGAGCCUGCGCAGCGUGGCCAGCCGGCCCACUCCUGAGUGGGGGCUGCCCCCGGCCCCCCGGGCAGCCGAUGGGCUGGAACUGCGGCGGCUGCGGGACGUGCGGGCGGCAGCGCGGGCGAAGACACUGGAGGAGUUCCUGCGGAUGCACGGGCUCUCCCUGGCUGACAGCACUGCCCAUGCCACCGGCAUGAAGUAUAGGAACCUUGGAAAGUCUGGACUGCGUGUGUCCUGCCUGGGCCUGGGGACAUGGGUGACUUUCGGAGGGCAGAUCACAGAUGAGAUGGCGGAGCAGCUGAUGACUUUAGCUUAUGACAACGGCAUUAAUCUCUUUGACACAGCAGAAGUCUACGCUGCUGGCAAGGCCGAGGUGGUGCUGGGAAACAUCAUCAAGAAAAAAGGGUGGAGACGGUCCAGCCUGGUCAUCACUACCAAAAUCUUCUGGGGAGGAAAGGCUGAGACAGAGAGGGGCCUGUCCCGAAAACACAUCAUAGAAGGUCUGAAGGCGUCGCUGGAGCGGCUGCAACUGGAGUACGUGGACGUGGUGUUCGCCAACCGGCCCGACCCCAACACGCCGAUGGAAGGGGACCCAUUUAGUUCCUCCAAGUCCAGGACUUUCAUCGUAGAAGAGACGGUGCGAGCCAUGACCCACGUCAUCAACCAGGGGAUGGCCAUGUACUGGGGGACCUCGCGCUGGAGCUCCAUGGAGAUCAUGGAGGCAUACUCGGUGGCCCGGCAGUUCAACCUGAUCCCGCCGAUCUGUGAGCAGGCCGAGUACCACAUGUUCCAGCGGGAAAAGGUGGAGGUGCAGCUGCCUGAGCUCUUCCACAAGAUAGGCGUCGGAGCCAUGACCUGGUCCCCACUGGCCUGUGGCAUCGUCUCGGGGAAGUACGAUGGGGGGAUCCCCCCCUACUCGCGUGCCUCGCUGAAGGGAUACCAGUGGCUGAAGGACAAGAUCCUGAGUGAGGAGGGCCGGCGGCAGCAGGCGAAGCUGAAGGAGCUGCAGGCCAUUGCCGAGCGCCUGGGCUGCACCCUGCCCCAGCUCGCCAUCGCCUGGUGCCUGCGCAACGAGGGUGUCAGCUCAGUCUUACUGGGAGCCUCCAAUGCUGACCAGCUGAUGGAGAAUAUUGGAGCAAUACAGGUCCUUCCAAAGCUGUCGUCUUCCAUCGUCCACGAGAUCGAUAGCAUCCUGGGCAACAAACCCUACAGCAAGAAGGACUACAGAUCCUAAGUGCGCCCGAGCGUGCCGCCUGCCGCGCAGCCCUCGCCGCCCGUUCGCUUGCUUAUGCUUUGUUGGAGCAAAGUGGAGAGUGUGGUUUGCACCACGAGCGCCGAGAGCCAGCGCUCCUGCCCGCGCUGCCCCGGACAUGGCGCCACGGCUGCUCGGCCUGGCUCUGGGGCACAGGGAUGGCCGGUGGGGCACACGGGACACAAGCCCCAGCCGCCCGGCCGCCCUGCCUGCAGCCGGAGCCGCCGCGGGGCCCGUUGCAUGCGCGGCUCCCGCCCCUGCAUUGCCGGAGGUGGCGGGCGCGGGGUGCACGCGGGUGCUGUAUGCCCACGAGGCUGACAACACGAAGCUGUUCCCCA